CAGUUGAACAUGUAGUAACAGGGGUGGACUCUGAAGGCAUGACCUCUGCCUGCCAGGGCCAAAUCAGCCCUUAUUGUACCGAUGUGUAUACACCAAUACUUGAUAUCAUCCAUGAUUGUGCAGGUGAUGGAAUCCUUCCAUACAAAGCUUAUGUUGGAUCUGAUGAUACCGAUGGAGUUGGUAUGGCUUAUCGAGUAACCGCUGAUCACUUACGAAUGAUAUAUGCUGCUACUGCUAAAGAUACACAGAUCGGAGAAAGGGGAAGAGAGUUUUUGCUCAAGAUUAUUGAUGGACAAGCAGUUCGACUUGGUGUUGAGAAGCUGAAGAUGUGCCAAGAAAAUUAUGCUAACUGCAACCUCCUAAUAAAACAACCAAAAAGAAGAAAACAAAGGAUCAGGCAGGAACAGAUCAGGACAAUGUAGAGCCCAGCCCUCCCACAACAUGGUACAAG